UUUAAACUAUAGACGGGACCAGAUCAAUAUAUAGUUAGAAAAUUUAUAUUAAAGGUAGUAGAAUAAAUAAACAGGCAUGUUGAAACUUCACGUUUGGGGUGAAGGGCCUAUAGUAUCCAUUAUAUCACCAGAAUGUAUUGCAGCAACUUGGAUACUAACAAAUAAUCCAAAUAUCCCAGUAAAUGAAUAUGAGAUUAUUACUUCUAGUAAUACUAAUUUAUCAGAUAUUCAUAAAUUACCUACUUUAAUAGUCGAUAAUUCUGAAAAAAUUAUUAAAUAUCAAGGAUUUCAAGAAAUUGUAAGUUUUCUUGAACAAAAAUUUGUAAAAGAAUCCAAAUCUUCACCUAUACUUUCAAGCAAAUCACAAUUAAAUGUACGAGAGAAUUUAAUCAAUGUUGGAUUAAUUACCCAAUUAUUAAGUAAAAUAGAGUAUAUUCACCAGUACAAUUUGUUUAUAAAUAGCAAAAAUUAUGAGGGGUACGUACGAAAGUUAUUUCUGAGAUAUUUACCAUUUCCUAUGAUGUAUAAUCAACCACUAAAAUUUUAUAAUCAAGCACAAGCACAAGUUCAAUUAAUUGGACUUAAUCGAGGUAAAGUUGGAUUUUUCAGUCUUAGUGGUAAUCAAGAUACCACCCAAACUGAAUAUUUUAAUAAUGACGUAGAUGAUGAUGCAUAUGAUGAUAGUUCUGAUGAUAUAGAGUCCACUAAACCAUUGAGUGCAUUACACGAGAGGCUGAUUAUUAGUAAAUCGAAAGAGAAGCAAAUGCUUGAACAAUCCAAGAAUUCAAUGAGAUGUAUGAACUUACUCAAUUCCUAUCUCGAUUAUUUUUUCAAAGCUUAUCAAGAGUUUCACCCUGGUACAAAUAGUUAUGGAACUAUAUUCCAUGAAUCAAAACUAAGUACAUCAGAAGUACUUUUAAUUGCAUAUAUAUAUUGUUUGACAUUUGAUGAGUUACCAGAUAGGUUUAUUCAUACAUAUUUAAAGUUUAAACAUUCACAAUUUUUAGAAUUUGCUGAUAAUAUUUCUAGCCAGUUUUCUACUAUCAGUAAAAAGGGAAAUAUCAGAGGACCAGUAAGUGAAGAAAUUCCUAGUCUUUACAAUGAGAUCAAGUACUGGACAGGUGCUAUUAAGUACUGACCCUUUCAAAUUUAUAAUUGCCAUGUAUAUACUCCAUAGAACUCUGUAAUAUAAUAAUGUUGUAAUUUUGCAUUCAAAAACCAGAAAUGUUUUACCCGGCGAAGGGUGUUCUCAUCCUCAUCCUAAAAAAGCAUUUUGCUACAAUUUUUCGUAUCGUUCAUAUAUGUUCUUCUUUUAGAUCUUUAGACUUACUUGGCAACUUAAGCAUAGUUUCAUUCUAUACAGAUAUAUAUACCAUGUAU